UCCGCUCCUCGCACCACACUCAUGAACUCCUGGACUUCGUGUCAAGACUCGGCGCUGAUGUUUGACUCGUCCGUCAAGCUGGAGUCUGACGAGGACGAGCACAUCCGGGCCCCCGGGGGCCUCCACGAGGCCGGGAGCUGCCUGCAGUGGGCCUGUAAAGCCUGCAAGCGUAAAGCCAGCAGCGUGGACCGGCGGCGUGCGGCCACCAUGCGCGAGAGACGCAGGCUGAAGAAGGUGAACCACGCCUUCGAGGCUCUGCGCCGCUGCACCUCCUCCAACCCCAACCAGAGACUGGCCAAGGUGGAGAUCCUGAGGAACGCCAUCACCUACAUCGAGAGCCUGCAGGAGCUGCUGAGGGAACAUGUGGAGAACUACUACAGCCCAGAGAGCAGCUCUGAACCUGUCAGUCCAUCAUCUACCUGCUCCGACAGCACGCCGGAGUGCAGUCCUGUCUGGUCUCAGAUCAGUUUAAACAGCGGAGCAGUGUACAGUUACGAAGGUCAGAGAGCGAGUGUGCUGGAGCGAGCCGCAGGAUCCACCAGUCUGCAGUGUUUGUCCAGCAUUGUGGACCGAUUGACCUCCAGCAGCCCAGACGCUCCGAGUCCCUGCCAGUCCCUGUGCAGCACACCCGAAAGUCCCAACACACUCGUCUACCACGUCCUGUAAGAGCCACAGAGACGCGCAUGUGUGUGUGUGUGUGUGUGUGUGUGUGUAUGUGUGUGUGUGUGUGUACAGUCCACUACAGUAUCACUUUCAGCAUUUUCUUAUGACUUUAAACAAUC